GCCGGCCGUAAUGAAACUUUUGUGGUUUGUAUGUGCUGCAGAAUAACAUCCACAUUUUGCUCCGGAUCGUCCCAUCCUCCUAGGGGAAAGGAAAUGGCAUCAGUGGAGCCGGCUCAUGGGUCAGUGACCUUUGAGGAGCUGGCUGUGUACUUCACGGAGGGGGAAUGGGCUCUGCUAGACCUUGCUCAGAGAGCCCUCUACAGGGAGGUCAUGCAGGAGAAUUAUGCCACUGUGGCCUCACUGGGGGACUCUGUGCAGCUGGUACAAUUCUUGAUACAGUCCAGUAAACAAGGGAACUACGUGGUGCAUGGACGGCGUGACAGUCAGAUGAGCCCAUCUUUUGACAGGCGAGCGUAGGAGGUUGCUGCUCAGGAGUCCAUGGGUGAAAGGGAAACGGAGCAGUGGGAGGGGAAGAGAAGGGGAGUAGAGAUUGCUGGGGUGCCAGCAGGUGGGUAGGGCUGAGAGCAGUGGGAGGAAGGAAAGGGUAGUGUGGAGGAAGGGCACCAGGAAGGGGGCAGUGUGGGUCAAUGGGAAGGGGAAGAGGUUUUGGGGCUCUGGAGCUGUGGGGGAUCCCAGGCCUUUCACAAAGAAUCCGUGCCCAGGCCUUGUUGCUUCAGAGCCUACGCUCCAGUUUUAGUUCUGUUCAGUUUUGCUUUAUUUUACAGGUUUUUCCCCCCAAAAUAUUAAACUCUGGUCCUUCAUCCACCACUCACUGCCCCUCAUGCAAUCCCUCCCUCCUUCCCCGUAUCUACCCACUGCAACCCUGGCCACCAUUCCUGAGUCCUUGCUGCCUUCCUCCAUCCCAGAGGACAACCGCUGCCCUGGCACAAAUGUGCUGUUUGUCGAUGAUGUCACAGGGUGGCAGUGAGAGCUCUGGGGACUUGUCAGGUCUUUUCUCUUCCCCACCCUCAUCUCCAGCAACCAUGGUCUGCCUUCCCUCCGGGCUUUUUGGAUCUUUUAGUCAGUCCCUUCCGAGACCAUGUGGCCUAGUUCUUGUUUUUCACUGUCCCCUUUUCAGAGGAAUUAGAGUCUAUUGCUCCUGAAUUCUAGUGUCUAAUU